UUCAUCUGACAAGAGGCAAGAUGGCGACAGGUGGCAGAGCCGCGGAGGAUCUGCAGCGGGGCCUUCUGCAGAUGCCGCUCCCCGCGCAGCCUAUGGCCCAGGCUGAGGAAGCCCAGGGCACAGGAGAGAAGAUGGGCUGGGCGCAGGUAGUAAAGAACCUGGCGGAGAAGAAGCACGACUUCCGCGAGCAGUGGCGGGCAGAAGAGAGGGGCAGAGGUGCAGGCGGCAGGCUGGGCAGCCCCGCGGGCCUGGCCGCUCCGAACCCCGGCAACUUCCCACCUGCCGGCCGCGGGGACCCAAGGGGCUGCGGUAGAGACCCUGCGGGCUACGCGGCAGAAGUUUGCAGGAUGAAAGGAGCUGGAGACGCGAAUCAGAGGAAGAUGGCCGAGGUGGCGGUGGCGGCGGCGGCCAUGGCGUCCCCUGCCAGGCCUGGUGCGACCAAAGACGCCACUGCGGAGAGACUGCUGCAGGAUGAGCCUCCAGCUGCCUGUCCUGGUAAGGGCCGCUUCCUUGUGCGCAUCUGUUUCCAGGGAGAAGAGAGUGCCUGUCCGACCCGGGAUUUCGUGGUGGGUGCUCUCAUCAUGCGCUCCAUCGGCAUGGACCCCGGGGAUAUCUAUGCUGUCAUCCAGAUCCCUGGCAGCCGCGAGUUCCACGUGAGCUUCAGAUCUGAAGACAAGCUUGCCCUGUUUCUCCGCAUCUAUGAGGAAAAGCGGGAGCUGGACGACUGCUGGGAGAACUUUGUGGUGUUGGGGCAGAGCAAGUCCGGCUUGAAGACCCUCUUCAUCCUGUUCCGGAAUGAGACUGUGGAUGUGGGGGAUAUCGUGACCUGGCUCAAGCGCCACUGCGAUGUGCUGGCCUUGCCAAUGAAAGUGACUGACAGGUUUGGGAUCUGGACUGGGGAGUACAAGUGCGAGAUCGAGCUGCGCCAGGGGGAGGGCGGACUGAGGCACCUGCCUGGCUCCUUCUUCUUGGGAACAGAGAGGGGCUACAGUUGGUACAAGGGGCAGCCCAAGACCUGCUUCAAAUGUGGUUCCCGAACCCACAUGAGCAGCACCUGCACGCAGGACAGGUGUUACAGGUGUGGGGAGGAGGGGCACAAGAGCCCUUACUGCAGGAAGGUCAUCAUGUGCAACCUCUGUGGCAAGGGAGGACACAUGUUUGCCCAGUGUCCCAAAGCAGCUCACAAUUCCAUGCGCUUCUGCCUGCCAGGUUGAACACACAGCCAGCUUACCCUUAAGUGCCAAAACAUUUUUUUUUCUUUAAGACCAUUUUUCUGUUUUUUGGAAGGAGAUAUUUCUAAAACUUAACAGAGAUAUUCUCUCUAUGCCUUUUUAAAACCACGUGUGCUCCUUGUCAGCCUAUUUAAAAAGGACUAUUCAGAACUGUAGUGUGCAGAUAUGUUGCCUGACACCUCCGCAUUUUUUUCCCAUUUUGCAUUAGUUUUGGUACUUUCAUCCACACCCUGUCCCCCUCUGUAAUUUUUACUACCUCCGGCUUCAUCCAUGUCUCAUUAGAAUAUUUUUGCCCUUUGAGCUGCCUGGCUCAGUUUUAUGCCUCAGCCCUGUGUACAGGGCUCAAUGCAGGAUAGGCAUUCAACCAAGUGUUUAUUGAAUCGAAAAUGUCGUCGACUAGCUCUGUCUAGAGUGCCUACCUUGUGCAGCUCUCCGCUGGGAUCUUUUCAUUUGCUGCUUCUAUGUGAUAUGAAAAUUUGUGAAAACCGUGUUGCUGGAAGUGUGUAAUCCGAAUAAGCUCUGAAAGGUGGCCAAGGGCCUCUCAUAGCAUUUAAACCUAUCUCCUUUGUGACAGUUCCUUUUGACUCAGAAGCCAUAUUUCUGUAGGAGUGUGGAGCCUAGGCAGUUCUUCUGGGAAACACCCAAGAGAUGGUGUUUGUUGGAUUUUCUUUGGGGGAGGUUGUUUUUGUUUUGUGUAUUGAUUUGAGUCAGGGUCUCACUGUGUAGUCCUGAAUGGAUUGGAAUUGCCUGCAUUCCUGGACCAGGCUGGCUUCAAACUUACAGUGAUCCUCUCAAUUCUGCCUCCUUGAAGGAUUUUUUAAAUUAACCCCUUGAUUUUCCAGCAGAUGAAAUGAAUCCGAAGUUAAAUGACUGGGUCAAAGUAAACAGUGGUGCGGUGCCUCAGACUGUCCACAGUAGAAUCCACUGCCCCCUUGCCUGAUACUUAUCCCACUACCUCUCACACUUCACAGCAGUCUCCUUGACAAUGGUGGGCCUGGGAAAUCUCUCUCCAGGGGGAUAUUCCCAGCAUGAAGCUGAGACACCAUCCCCUGAAAGAGCAGAAAGGAAGCUUGUCUUGCCACUUCAUAGUAAGGGACCUAGGGAAAGGACCAGUGAACACACUGCAGGCUGCAUGCAUGCAUCAGUCCUUGGAGUGAGUACCACGUCUUAAAUGUUCCACUGUCAAUGUCAGCAGUGAGAAAUGGUUGCCCUCAGGAAAGAAACUUGACAGAUUUUUACAUUUGCACCUCUGCCUCAUCUACUAGGAACCCCAGGGAAUUUAGAGAGAGCUGAUUUGAAACCUUUGACCUCUGAUGCUCAGGAGAAAGGUGGUUUUAACCCAGAAGCAUGAGUGAGCUGUAAACUGGAAAAUGUUCUUGGGGAAACAGGCCAAGGGAUAGGGCCUGGGUCAACUAAGUGUUACCAAGUUAAAGUGAAAGACAGUAAACUGCUUUUUUUCAGUUUUUGUCUUCUCUUUGCAGUUUUGCUGUUUUCUUGUGGCUUAGAAUGUAAGAACAGUUGUUCAGAUUUGUUCUCAAUAAAUAUUUAUCUUUUUUGCCCACAAAAAAAUGUUGAGUUGUGUGGAUUUAUAAGGUAGUCAUACACAUGACAUUGUAAAUACACAGCAGUUUCUGCAAGUGUGGAGUUCUGUAAUAGUGCUGGAAAAUGAUGUCAUUUUUGGAGAGUUACAACUAAGAUUGCCUGUGGAUAUAAGGAUAGAUAUAGAGAACACUAUUUGAAAUGACAUGCCUUCAAAGAUGUUUCCCAAAAAGGACUGCCUCUGGGUUCAAUAUUUCUGAGCCUAAUGCAUCAGGCUAUGUUAACACACUGGGAAUAAUUUUUCCUCAUUUAAAUUAUAUAUGCCUCUUUAAUCAAAAAAACUUGAAGUAUCAAUUCAUGUCUGUGGGAAACAAGGAUAUCAUACCCUAGGAUAUGCUAAUUCCUGACAAGUUUUUACAUUUGAAGUUGGUGGUACAAUCAUUAAGUCUCCCAUGAUGUUUUUUACUUGUGUUAGUUGUGAUUUUGAUAUGAACAGAGCAUGAUGAUGAUGAGUAAAAUAAUAGCUGUAUUAGCGGUUCAGAGGACUGACUCUAAGAACAAAUCAAUGUAAAAUUUAGUUUAAAAGACAAAUUAUCAAGAAGAACAAUGAUAGAUUGUAAUAUAAUGGAAUUUUGAUGUUUUAUUUAGAACAGACUCCUCAGCAUUGUUCGUUUUUGUAUAUGUUGUGAUUAAAACAGCAACAACAACAGUAACACUUGAUUUAUGCUUAGGUUUUAUUUAAGCAUUCCGAAAUCAAAUGUUGAAACUGAACGAGUGCAAGCACCAAUUCAUAGACAUAGAAAGUUGUUCAGUAGGUGCUUACAUUAGGGAAUAUCUGUGUGUUUUUUGACAAAUAUCUGUUUUGGUAUAUUUUGCUUAUUUGCUUAUUUGCUUCUAAUAAGUAAAGCCUAGUAGAAGAGUCCUUCAGCAAUCUCGCUGUUGAAAAGAUGAUUUCCUAGAUUCUAAUUCCAGAAUAUAUAUAUGCCUGAAAAGUCAGGCAUACUAACAUCAUCAUCCAAUCAAAGAACAUGAGGCAUAUGUCAUGUGAGUAAUAUCAUGGAGUUUUCCUGGCUAGCUUGUUUAACAUGUUUGGCAAAUUCUCCCCUUGUGUGAAAAACAAUGUCAUUCUAACAUUGCUAAAACUCUUGAGCAUGCAACUGAUAUUUGAUGGAAUUUUUAGCACCAUUGUAUCAGCUGAGUGUACAUACAAAAUUGUUUCAUUAUGAAGCAAACCAGUGUACUACUGCAUGCUGAAGAAGGGUCAUUAAACAAAUAUUGUCAGAGUGACAUAUACUAUUUUAUGUGCUGAUGAAGAGGGAAAGGCAGAAUUUAGCAUGUGUGCUAGCUUUGAGUGUCUGUCCAUGUUCUAAUUGAUGGUCCCACAGAAAAGAAAACACAGGGGCUUUCCCGGAACUCAGAUGCCACACAAAAGAGAGUACCUAUAUAUCUAAGGACAGAAUAUUCAUGAUGAUGUUUCAAGCAGAAUUCUGCUAGGGGAAAUGCAAAGGAUUUUGAAUAUUUUUAAAAUAGCUAUAUUUGUAUAUGAAUAAUGAUCAAAGUAUUUUGUGAGUAUUUAUUGAACUUUGAAUCCAAAAGGAAUGCUAUAUGCAUGCAGAUAUAUGUGGAACCACACAUGAAUGCACAUAUGGAAAGGAGAAAUUUUAAAAAGUAUAGAAGGAUUAUGAAUAUUACACUUUAAUAUAAAAACCUCAAAUAUUACAUAAUCAUUAGGACACAGUAAGUUAGCAUAUCCAAACUGCCUGUGUUCAGAGUAUUUCGGUCAUUAUUAUACAUACAUACACAUACAUGUAUAUCUAAAAUAUAUUUAUUGGAGGGUAAAAUUCAGGAAUCUAUAGUUGCAGUCAGGAAAUGACAUGACAUAUCAAAAACUGUCAGCAGGAAGCUGCAGUCCUCAGGACAGAAUCACAAUCAGGCAGGAGCAGGCAGAAAGAGAGGGUGGAAUGUAUGUAGCCAGAAACCUAACCCAAAUAAUGGAUGUAGGAUUGUCUCCUAGUUGGAAGGGGCUGGUAUUUUUGUUUUGUUUUGUUUCAUUCAUUUUGUUUGUUUGUUUGUUUUGAUAAUUGGAGUCAUAGCACAGAGUAAAUUGACCUUUUUUUUCCUGCACACAUUCAAUUCCACUGCUUCAGUGGCACCACAUGUACAUUUAUGUGGGAAGGAGAAAUGAAACAGCAUCUCUGAUAGAGAUCUCCAAGGUUACCACAGGAUUUGCCUGCUUUGAUGGAACUAAGAUCAUUGUCCUUAUUGGUUCUUAUUCCGGCCUCAAUUUGAAUGCACACAAUCCUUCAAUCAGAAGCAAGGAGUGCAAAUAAAAGUGUCUAAGGUACUGCUUCUUACCAGUCAGGCUCUUGCUAUACUCCAAAACAGACUUGGUCCUGAGUAUAACCAAAGACUGACUCUAUAUUGGCCCAGAAAAGGCAGACUGCUCCUGACAUCUACAGGAGACACAGCCCAUUCAGUUUAGCAAAGUCAGGAUUGUUUGACUUGAAGGACGACAGCUCUGAGGCUCCUGAUCCUGUCACCUGUGCAGCAAGUGGGAUCCUGCUUCUGAACAUACAGCUUCUUUUUAAAGAUGUGACAUCCCAGUCUCAGUCUAAAAGUGUUGCACUAUAAGCAAGGAAGUUAAUCCAAUUCAGGAUUUACUACCUGACACAGGAAAAGAGACUCCUACUCUUUUCUAUCCUAGGGGGAUGCACUGUGAGAAUAGCUAUGGUACUGCCACUUUUAACCAGGUACCUAGAGUUGCUGUAAGUAUCAAGCAAUAACUGUUCCACACAUCACCCUUUCUGUCACUAGAUUCUCUGGAUAGACAAUAAAGAAUUUUACUUGAAAUGAAAUUUACUUGUUAUAAUCCUUUUGCCAUUUAGGGUCUCAGGGGAUCAACUUUCUAUUAUGGGUGGGCAUUGUUAAUUUCUUUUGACAUAUAGGAACUCUUGGACAUGAUUUUUUUCCUAGUCAGCCCAUUCCUCUCUAUGACGUCAGGCGAGGCAUGAACUUUGUUGGAAAUCAGUUAUUUAUUUUUAGUGACAGUGAGGUAUUGCAUUCUUCCCAUGAGAGUAGUAAGAACCAAGAUUUCUUUCAUCUUGUAUCUGGUAUUUUCAUAUGUUUAGUAUCUUUGAACACCUUAUCUUGUGUCUGAAAACUCACAUUGUGAAUUUCUAUGAGGAAUAGGAAAUUCGAGACUGGAAAAUUUUGUCACUUUGGAAUGAUCCCUCUGCUCUGAAUCUGUUAUAAUCUUUCUGGAGCCUUUUAAACAUAGAUACUUGAGGCUUGAGUUCAGCAUCAUUAAAAAACCAUUUCAUAUCAUAACAUAGUUUCCCAAAGCCUCUAAGUGUCUAUAGAAAGAGACCCCUGCAUGUCAUUGUGUUAAUUUCCUAUUAAUACGAAAAGAAAUAUCUGAGACGAGGGUCAAGUGAUAACCAAACAUAUCAGCUUAUCACUAUGUCUUCAGGACUCACUUUAUUUCAACUUGACUUCAGUUGAAAAAGGCAAAUAAUGGAUAUAGUUCUCUCACAAUUGUAGUCUCAUGGUCUUGGGCCUUUUAUAAGUGUAGGGCAUUUAUUCACCCCAUGGAAUUAAUCGUAAUCCUUGCAUGUAAUUAAUUACCUUUAUUAAAUAUAGGCCACUAUGGCAAAAGUAGAAAACAUUAGAGGUCUAUUCAACAUGUGCUGUUUUAUGUCACAUUGUUCAUGAGCAUGAGACACUUUGUUCUUGCUGGAGUUAUAUGCAGAGUAGUUUUUCCAUUCCUAUCCCAAGUUGUCAUAAUCAGUGAAGCUUCUAAUGAGAUACCAUGUGGAUAUCUGUUCGAUGAUGACUUAAGUAUGUAGGAUCUUCUGUAAUAGCUUAUCACCAUCAUAUUGGGAGACAUAGCCCUGGUUUGAAAAUAGUUUGUGAAUCACCAGUGGGGGACUAUCAGAGCUCCCUUGACCAGCAAGUUAACCAAAUAACUCCUUACAGUCAUCUGAGAAAAAAACUCUGAUUCCCCUUCAUGGUCUAAGAUGUGCACUUUUCACAAUCUCUCCAAGAUAAACGUUGAGCCAUAUCAAUUACUUUUGUAUAUGUAUAAAUGUUUUUGUAUGUGUAUGUAAAAGUGCCUCCUUCUGACACACAUUUAGAGGUAUAAAUAUAUAUGUAUGUAUAAAAAUAAAUAUGUAUACAGGUGUAUGAA